CACAUGCAACAACAACAUCAACACCACUUCGUGCUUGUCCACGGAUCAUGUCACGGAGCGUGGUGCUGGUUCAAACUUGCCGCUAAGCUCAAGGCCGACGGUCAACGAGUGACUGCUGUUGAACUUGGUGGGUCCGGGAUCGACACGAGGCGGCUCGACGAGGUUCGUUCUGUCUCGGAGUAUCUUGAGCCUUUGAUGAGUUUCAUGGAGUCUCUCCCUGAGGAAGAGAAGGUGGUUCUUGUUGGUCAUAGCUAUGGUGGCAUUGGAACUUCUCUCGCCAUGGAAAGAUUUCCGACCAAAAUCUCUGUCGGAAUCUUCCUCUCUGCUUACAUGCCGCACCAUGACUCUCCUCCGUCCGUUCUCAUUCAAGAGUAUUUCAAGGGACUACCUGAUGGAUUCGCCAUGGAUUCUGAGUUUACAUUCGAGGAAGGACCUGAACAACUGCCAAGUUCAGUUAUGUUCGGUACUCGUUUCUUGAAGGAGAAGGCAUACAGUAAUUGCAACAUGGAGGAUGUAGAAUUAGCCAUGGCGUUGGUGAAACCGAGCAGGUUAUACGCAAAGGAAAUGGAAGGUGAGGAUUUGGUGACGAAGGAGAGGUAUGGAUCUGGGAAGAGAGUGUUUAUCCUCUGUGAAGGUGACAAUGUGCUUCCAGAGGAGAUUCAGAAGUGGAUGAUUAGUAACUACGAGCCUGACGAAGUGAAGGUGAUUGAAGAAGCUGGUCACAUGGCUAUGAUCACUAAGCCUCAACAACUUUCUCAACUGCUAAAGGAAAUAGCAGCGAAGUACAACUGA